AUGGAUGGCAUCAGAGCCUCCUCACCGACAAAGAACGCGGCCGGCAACGAGUCCCCCGAACAGCUGCUCGACGUCUUCCGAGCUGCUGCUUUGUCCGUCACCAAACUCUACAAGACCUCGGCUGCCGCACAGACAAAAGCUCGCAAUGAGGGAUACCAAGACUGCCUGGAGGAUCUGCUGGUCUUCCUCGAUAAGCACAACAUCGGCGUCGGCGACGGGGAAGGAUGGCAGAUCAGACGCUGGGCUACAGAAAGGUUCGACAGGGACGGCGUCUCCCAGUCGAUAGAAAGCGAGGACGAGGCGGAAAAGAACGAGCCAGCCUCGUCGCCCGAGCUGCACAGAGAUACCAGCCACACACCACUUCCUAUAGCACAGCACGAACCCGACAUGCGAAGAGAUUCUGCACCUCCAGCACCAGCCCCCACCCUCACCCUCAUGCCCGCCCCUGCUGCCAACCACCCGGCACAAGUUACAUCCUCGCCGGCACCCAUUCGGGAGGUCACCGUGCCAAGCCAAGACAACUUUACAUUUCAGUCAUCCGUGGCUUACCCGCAAGAUGCCGACCUCAGCAUGGCAAAUCUCGACUUGUCAGACUCUCGAUCAAAUAACCCCUCUCAUCACCAUGCAUCAUCCCGCAUGUCUCGAUCUCGAAACAACAAAAACGGUCUUCAGAGACCUAGAAAUCUGCCUCAUGUAAACAGGAGCGCGGCUGGCCAGAAGCGGAAACUUAACAUGGCCGAAAUCUUUGACCUUGGGAGUAUAGGCGGCAAGGACCUCUUCGGCGGCAACGGAGGAGGCAAACGCAGUAGGCAUGCCUAA